AAGUUUGCGCUUCCCUGAAAAAUAAUGAUUUUGUUGUAUUUUUAAAGAAACAGUGUUGUGUUUUGCUUGCUAAGUAUAAAAUGGAUUUCCCAGCUACACCCUCUAAUGCUUCGGACAGUAACGAGUAUCCUAAUACAACUCGCUCUCCGUUUCACAACACAGCAGACGACAAUAAAAGGCGCAGCUCGUCAAGGUCCAUAAAACGAAGGAGAUUUGACGAUGAAUUGGUGGAAUACAGUGGUUUGCCCGGUUCUUCACUGGGGAAGGGAGACAAGAGAAUGCGCACACAGUCGUACACGAGCCAAGUAUCAGAGAUUCCUGUAACUAGCGCUCCUACGCCUCCCGCAAACCCGCCGUCAGAGCGCCGCCGAGCUUCUAGUAAGAUCUCUGGUGGAGGAGGCGUCGGUCGUAAGAUUCGUCGUAAAGGACAUCUGAGUCACCUCUCCACAAAAGAUUUAGGCCGAUGGAAGCCUACAGAUGAUCUAGCAUUGAUAUUAGGUGUACAACAGACAAAUGAUUUACGGAUAGUUCACAGAGGAGUGAAAUUCUCCUGCCGCUUCACAGUCAGUGAGUUGCAGUCUCGUUGGUAUGCACUGCUGUACAAUGCUGAGAUAUCACGCGUGGCCAUUGCUGCUAUGCGUAACCUGCAUCCUGAUUUGGUAGCUCUGGUGCAGCAACAAGCUUUAUACUCAAAUGCUGAAGAAGAGUUGCUUGCUACGGUACCGAGUGUUCCGUCAUCUCUCCCACCGCUGGAGAAGUUCCAAGAGUUAUUAGACCAGAACCCCCAUGUGUUCUAUCCAUCACGGACUGCAAAGACUUUGUUAGCACAUUGGCAGCUACUGAAACAGUAUCACCUCUUACCAAGCCAGACAGUACAGCCACUGCCUAAAAAUCCAACUGACCCAAUAAUGACGUUUUCUGAUGCUGAAGACACAAUGAAUGACAAUGAGCUGCCAGAUUAUAAAGAAGAUGGCAUGGAUAUUGAAAUGCAAAUGGCAGACAGAGUGGACAAGAAAGACAUCCGGCUUCUGGAAACUUCCCUGUCACGUUGGCAAGUGCUGGUGCAGUCUCUCUCAGGGACUACUAUAGAGCUGGAUAAGAACACGCUGGCUGUGCUCCGAGGAAGACUUGUACGAUUCCUUAUGAGGUCUAGAGAGAUCGCAGUGGGGCGCAGCACCCGGGACAAUGCUAUCGACGUGGACUUGACCCUGGAAGGGCCAGCCGCGAAGGUUUCAAGGAAACAGGCCACGAUCCGGCUGCGGAACAGCGGGGACUUCUUCAUGUCGUCUGAGGGCAAACGCCCGAUAUUCGUGGAUGGCCGCCCCGUACUGCCGGGGAACAAAGUGAAGCUUAAUCACAACACCGUCAUCGAGAUUGCCGGUCUUCGCUUCGUUUUUCUGGUGAAUCAAGAACUCAUCAACGCCAUUCGACAAGAAGCUGUCAAAGUCAAUAUACCUGUGUAAUUCGUGUUGAAAUAAUAAACUUAUAUUACUGCGAA